AUGCCAGCAGACCACAAUCACUCGGACGCCCACACUUUCCUCCCUCCACACGUCCCCGCCUACGCCUGCGGCACUUGCAGCCUCGAGGUUGCUCUCCAAGACGAGCUCGUCUCACGCUCGUUCCAGGGCACGAGUGGGCCCGCAUACCUCUUCAGGACGGCCGUGAACGUCGAUAUCGGGACCAAGACGUCGAAACAGCUGCUCUCGGGCAAGCAUGUCAUCUCGCCCAUACACUGCAGCGGGUGCUCGACGGAGCUAGGGUGGAAGUAUAUACGUUCCGGACAGUUUGUCUCGCCAGACUCGUCGCAGAAGUACAAGGAGGGCAAGUGCAUCCUCGAGAAGAGCAAGAUAUACAAGGACAACAAAUGGUCGCUCGACGAUUGA